AUGAGUGCUUUGAUUGAAUUUUCUCCCUCGGAAGACGAGCAAAACUUGAAGGUUAAGCAGGUUUCGCCCGACCUUUUCAAGCUGUCCUUGACCCGGCGCAACAAGUCCAACCUCUUCUUGGAGGCGAUCGACAGGCUCGACUCUAGUCGUGAAGAAGCUGAUCUCAUCCUGCGCAACCUCCAGUCAUGGGCACCGGAUGUAGCUGAAAGAUUCCAACCCCGGACAUCGGGUGUCAUUCUUGACACGCCGUUUCGACUGAUCUGCUCGAGCCCUUCUGGGGUUCCGUUGGACGGCGCCUUUGUCAUUAGACAAUACUUGGCUAUCAGCUACAGUUGGCACAGCAAGAGCUGGCCCGGCACACCGCACUCGGCCCCUGAGCCGAAUGGGUUGUGGCCCGUGGGCAAGCGCUUCGUGGAUGCAAUAUUGACAUUGCGCGGCCACCCUCGGGAGGGAAUUUGGAUGGAUCAGAUUUGUGUCAACCAGCAGGAUGGGGAGGAGCAGCAGCGGGCAAUUGCGUGCAUGGACAUUAUCUACAAGUCGUGUCGCAGGCUGGUGGUGCUCCUGGAAGACGUUGAACUCACGGAUGACGAAGUCGCUCUAUUUAGUCGGUAUAACUUCGCCACCUUGCGCUGGGACGUUGCUGAAAUGCCUUCUGACGGUGACACCACCCUUCUCAUCUCACUGUUUGACAAGGUAGCCCGGGCGCGAUGGUGGAGACGGGCUUGGUGCUAUCACGAGUUCGUCGUGGGGGAGCCGUGGUCUACCAAGAGGCAUCAGCAGGUGCACAAUACUGUUUUCGUCCUGGGACAUGGAACAGACAGAACCGUCACGGUCCAGUGGCUCACGCUGCAAGCAAUACUGGUGACGGUGAUCGUGAAGCUUGGCCACCAGUCUCCAGAUAGUGCAUAUGUCAACCCAAUCUUGUCUGGGCUCGAUGACCGCACGUCGCCGCUUUGGGACAGCCCUGAUCGCAAGGCAGGAUCGAUUAAGUCCAGUUUCAUGGCGCGGUUCAACAGCGUUGCCCAGACAGACUGCUUAAAGCCGGGGGAUCGGCUCAGCGUGUGCGUCAAUCUCCUUGGGCUUGGCCUCGCAUACGUUAAGCUUGAAGAGCCGACCCUGGACGAGGUGUAUUAUCUCGCCAACCUGUUGGCGUUGGCAGCUGGGGAAAAGAGGCCGUUAACUUUCGCGAGCAUGCAGCCGUUGAUGGUCGGCGGGAGUCAGUCAUGGCUGAUGCGGCCCAUAACGAGUGCAGACACGUCCUUUGGCAAAUUCAGUCUUGGAGAUGUCAAAGGCAUCCAUAGCAUCUCAGUGACUCGACUGGAGGUUGACCUAGUUUUUUUUAAACAUUCUUUUGAGAAGGCCACCGAAGAGGAGCUCAAUAGGACGUACGCCGUCUUCCCAGAUGCGAUCAAGAGCACACCGCCGCCCCUCAAGGCCACACUGCCCAGCGCUGUGCAGCAGUUUCGGGCUGAUGAGGAGAUGGAGAUGCCCCGCCGUCAGUUCUUGGCAGCCGUCAUGGCCAGUGGACGCGGUCUGGCGCAGCGUCUAUGGUCGCAGCUCGAGCGCGACGUGGUGCGUUUCAACUACAAUACUGGCAUUUACGCGGACUUUCGGGCCAACGAAGAUUUGAGCUCCAAUGCGGACAAGUUUCUAGAGUUGUUGGGCGUCAACAGCCCCAAAGCGGAGGACGAUAAGCACGAUUUCACAUAUGAAGCGGCUCUCGCGCUCUUGACGUGGGUCACGGAUCCGCGGUCCAUCUACUGGAUCUCGUGGCGAUGCCUGCGGGCCCCGUGCUCCCGAUACGGUGAGCAGGCGCUCUUGACGGGAUUCUUAGGCACGAAGAAUUUCCAUUCUAUCAACGCCAAGGCACCAGGGUCGGUCGCUGUGGCCAUUCCAACUGAUCUGCUAGAAGUGGACUGCGCGUUCAGUAGGGCGUGGGUCUUGGUCCCAGUGACUGGUCAUUUUCAGUUGACAUUUGCAAUAAAUAUAAUCUACACGUUCAUCACACCCUUAUCUUCCUCGAGGAACCGAAUCCCCUCCAAGGAAAAUGGGCCCUUCAAUGGAUGGGAUGCGUGCAUGACAGACAAGCUUAACAUCCAGGCUGCGUGUACAAUGGCUACCCCAGGAAGAGAAGAUGUGGCUCCUGCUGAGCAGAUAUCCUCCAACGAUAAAUCCAUGCUCGACCCUGUUGACGUAGCACACCAAGAGUCUGCCUUCACAACAGACACAGCCGCCGUUAUCAUAGAACCGUACGGGCCAUCGGGCUUCCGGGGGAUAUUCGCAACCCGCUAUGUCAGCCUCUGCGCCGCCUUCUCAGCCAUCGGCGGUUUCCUCUUUGGCUACGACCAGGGCGUCAUAUCGGUGACCUUGACCAUGGACCAGUUCCUCAACAGGUUCCCUGACGUUUCGGAUCAUGCGGCCGGUGCUGGGUUCAAGAAGGGUUUGAUGACGGCCAUGAUCACCCUUGGCGCCCUCAUUGGGGCCCUGAACAUGGGCUGGAUCGCGGACUGGUUGUCGAGGAAGCGGUCAAUCAUGGUGGCCGUGGUGGUCUUUUGCAUCGGCUCUGCGAUCCAGACAUCUGCUGUUGACUACGGCAUGCUAGUGGGGGGUAGAUUCAUCGGAGGGUUGGGCAUUGGAAUGCUGUCAAUGGUGGUCCCAGUUUAUAUCUCUGAAAUUUCUCCGCCAGAAAUCCGUGGCUCUUUGCUUGUGUUUGAAGAGCUCUCGAUCGUCUUCGGCAUCGUGGUCGCGUUUUGGAUCACAUACGGCACACGCGUCAUCCCGAACCACUGGUCAUGGCAGCUGCCAUUCCUACUACAAAUACUUCCCGGCAUCCUGCUUGGUUUCGGCGCCAUCCUGCUCCCAUAUUCGCCCAGGUGGCUUGCCUCGAAGGGACACGAAGACGCGGCGUUGCGGUCCUUGGCAAAGCUCCGCACGCUUCCUGACACGGACCAUCGCGUCCGCCGGGAAUGGAUGGACAUCCUAGCCGAGGCGAGGUUCCAAAAGGCCGUCAUGGCCGAACGUCACCCAACACUCGCUGGGAGUAGCGACAAGACCAGCCUCAUCAAGCUUGAGAUCGUCUCGUGGACGGACUGUCUCCGCUCUGGCUGCAUUCGGCGGACUCAUGUUGGCGCGGGGCUCAUGUUUUUCCAGCAGAUGGUCGGUAUCAAUGCGUUGAUUUACUACAGCCCGUCGUUGUUUGCAACCAUGGGUCUCAACACUGAUAUGCAGCUCAUCAUGUCUGGAGUGCUCAAUAUUUCGCAGCUGGUGGGCGUCGUCAGUAGUUUGUGGACCAUGGACCGAUUCGGGCGCCGGAAGCUCCUGCUGGUUGGAAGUGGCUGCAUGUUCUUUGCACACUUCAUAAUUGCCAUCCUCGUGGGCAAGUUCUCGUAUGACUGGACAAAGCAUGUCACCGAGGGCUGGGUUAGUGUCGCAUUUCUAUUGGCCUAUAUGAUCGCAUUCGGCUCCAGCUGGGGACCUGUUCCAUGGGCGAUGCCAUCCGAAGUCUUCCCCUCUUCCCUGCGAGCGAAAGGUGUCGCCAUCUCCACCUGCAAUAACUGGCUCUGGAACUUCAUCAUCGGCCUCAUCACGCCACCGCUCGUCCAAGGAACGGGAUUUGGCGCGUAUGUGUUCUUCGCUGUUUUCUGUCUGCUCAGCUGCGUCUGGACUUGGUUCUGCGUCCCCGAGACGAACGGGAAGACACUCGAGGAGAUGGACGAAGUGUUUAAUGACCGCACUGGCACGGCCGACGCGGGAAAGAAAGCACGUAUCUUCGAGCAAGUCGCGCAACAGCAUCAGGCGACAGGCACCAAACAAGUCUAA